AGAGACUGUUGGAUUAAGUCUGAAGUCAGGAUCUUGAAGUUUCAGCAUGAUGAGCCGUCCGCAGAGCUUCAUAGAAGGUGAAGCUCCUGACUCUCAGCAUGCAAAAUCAAACAGAGGGUCAAAGGUCACCACAGAGAGAGUGGCACUGGUGGUUCUCUGUAUCCUCCUGGCAGCUGCUCUCAUCGUUAUUUAUCGUCUCUCAUUUGACAAAAUUAGAACGAACAACGAGCUCGAAAACCUGAAACAUCAGAAAAUGAAGUGUGAAAGUAAUCUGACAGAUGAUCCUUGUUAUAAAUGUGAAGAAGGCUGGGAGCUACAUGGAGGAAAGUGCUAUUACUUCUCCAUCAGGAAAUAUUCCUGGAAACAUAGCAGAUAUGAUUGUGGAGCUAAAGGAGGAGACCUAGUGAAGAUAGAGAGCAGGGAGGAGCAGACUUUUCUGGAGAGAAAACUGAGAGAUGUAAUGACUGAAGCUGAGGACAAGUUCUGGAUCGGACUGACAGACUCAGCAGUAGAGGGCAGAUGGUUUUGGGCGGACGGAUCAUCACUGGAUCAAAGGCUGCAGUUUUGGAGUGUCUAUGAGCCAGACAACUGGACAGGGAGCAAUGGGACACAUCCUGAUGGAGAGGACUGUGCGAGCAUGGGAGAAAAAGGUGGAGCUGAUGAUCUGAAGUGUUGGUUUGAUGUAUUUUGCUCAAAGGCUUUGAGAAGUAUUUGUGAGAAAGCAGCAGUAAAAGGACAGAUUAAAAAAGUAUGUGACUGAAAUUCAG